AUGUUUAAUUCGUUGGCUGUGGCGAUCUUUGCUGGCCUGAACACCAUCGGCCUCUGGCAUUCGGUUCCGUUGACCGGAAUCAACCCCUACAACACCAUCUGGCUGCGCGGCCUCAGCUCCUUCGAAGUCGCAUAUUCCAUCGUCAAGCUGCGCGAGAUUCAUCCUUACAUCUUCUCGGAAAACGACGAGAUCUCGGAGAAAGAUCUCCUCUUGAAGUAUUCAAUUGACCUGGAACAGUACGAAAAGGCUAAGCUGGCCUUGGAACAUUCGGCAGAAGCAGCAUUCUUGCCCAUCGAUGCUUCAGGAGCCCCAACGACGGAUCCAACCUCCAAUGCCUCGGUGGCGUCCGAUUCGUUGUAUCUGGACGAUAACACCGCAGUUGAGCAUGUCUACGAGGGACUGCAGUCGUCCAACACAGCGCCGCCGGAGGACGCGGGUUGGUCCAGUCUCAUGGGUGCUUUCAUUUUCGCUAUCGUCGUGAUGCAGGGCAUAGGCCUCACCAUGCUGAUGAAGGUCAAGAGUGACGUCGACGAAAUUCAUUCUUACUAUUCUCGCCAAAUGGAGGCAAUGUACAAGCAGUUACACGGCUUCAUGGGCCAAGUUUACAAGCUCCGAAAAGAAUUUGAACGAUCACAACCCAUCAUCGACUAUCUGGCGGACAGCUUCAGGGACUGCUCAUCUGACCUCCAACGAUGCUUGGUCCAUGUUGUCGGUAUGAUGGAAGAGAAGUACUCGUCAAGCAUGAUUGAUAUUGAAUCCAAGCUGGAGGAGGUGAGUAAAUAUCAAAAGAGUCUCAUUCAAAAUACUGAGACCUUCCCUCAGAUUCCCAAGCAGCUGGCUUGGCUCAACAUCCUUGUGGCAAAAACAAUGUCCAACGACAUACCAGAGGAACUGAACCUUACCAAGCCCAAGGUGGAUCUGGGCCAAAGGCCUAGCAGUCUGCAGAAGAAUGGGCCUUCCAAGUCUGAUGUGGGGACUAAGAAUGGUCUGUCUCACCGCGAGGAGGCAAUGCGUAGGCAAGCCCGCGUGGGGGGCCCAGACCAGCUGUAA